GUCUUUCCCUCCCGGGAGGGUUCGAGCUUGGAAGGUUAAUUAGGAUUGACGAGAGUUCCGGUUGUUGCAUUGUGAAUGUGCUGCUGCUGCUGAAAAACAGAGAUGGGAUUGGACUGGAUUGGUUUUGGCUAUGCAGCAUUAGUGGCUUCUGGCGGGAUCAUAGGCUAUGCAAAAGCAGGUAGUGUCCCAUCUUUAGCUGCUGGUCUGCUGUUUGGUGGGUUAGCUGGACUGGGAGCUUACCAGCUUUCUCAAGACCCAAAGAACUUUUGGCUUUCCCUAAUUGCUUCUGGAACUUUAGCUGGUAUUAUGGGCGCGAGAUUCUACAGCUCGGGGAAAUUCAUGCCUGCAGGAUUGGUUGCUGGUGCAAGUUUGCUGAUGGUUGGGAGACUCGGACUGAAGAUGAUGGAUGAAAAGCCUCAUGAGAGAUAACAGGACAGUCCAUAUGGUUUGAGAUGUGGAUAAGAAGACUGAACGUGCACCAUGAUAAAGGCGAUAAGCUCAACAGAAUGGGAGAAGAUCAUGACCUAAUUUAGAUGGUCUAAUUUAAGAAGAACAACAUAUUAUUGGGAUAAUGGACAAGAUUCCCUUUGUAUAUAUAAAAAAAUAUCUUUCCACAUUCUAGAAGUAACUUCUAGAAUGUUUGGUGCGGUAAUGUCAGCGUAAUACUCUUUUUCUCUCAAGGUGAUGAUGAUGAUAAAUGUCUCGAAAGGCAGAGGCAAGCAGUUGUCUUAACUGAGAAAGAUAUUAUAAAUUGUGAAUCAGCAGGGAAGGUCUGGGUGAAUGCAGUACAUGCUGGUUUUUUUAUCUGUUUUGUUCCUGCAGGGAGGCAGCAGAAAAUAGGAUCAGCUGAGGUUCUCACCCAUGGCUGCUACGGCCUUAUAUGGUCCCUUACACUGCCUGCUGGUAUGACAUUACUCUGCCCAAGUCAUGUAGCAAGACCAUUUAGGAGGAUGUUUGUAAAGGCAACUGCGACAGAGCCUGUGAGCUCUACUCUGUCUGCUUCCUCCCCAACCUUUGGCCCUCAUAGAUGUUUUGGACUUCAACUUCUAUCAACCCCAGCCAGCAGUGAUCAGGAAUGCUGGGCAUUGUUAUCCAAAAUAUCUGGAGGGCACCAGGUUAGGGAAGACUGUGUUGAUACGGCUGUCUCUGCAGAUGCCACCAUAGGUUUCAGUAGAGGGGAAGCUCAGGUUGCCCGUGUCUUAACCUGAUUGAGUUUUCAGCUAUGAGCUUGUUCAUGCAGAAGCAUGAGGAUAACGUCUCCCUACUGUGCCACUGAAAAUAAAUGUUUGUAAUAUAUACAAAUAUAGUUAUGAUCCUCAAAGCUAUUCUGUACUGGAUCAGGGUUCUCUUGUGCUCUUCUUACUCAAACUGGUUUUUUUAAUUUUUAUUUUUAAUGGAAAGUGUUGAAAUGCAGUCUUUGAUCAUGCAUCUCUGUCUUGUCUUUUUAUACAUAUAACAGAACCCGGAAAAUAUUGAGUUCGCUGCAUCUAUAAUGCCAUUUCUCACAUCAUUAAAGCCCACCAAGACUA